UGUCAAACAGGUAGAAAAUUCAAAUUCAAAAACAUCGCACACACAUCAUUUAAUUUUCGGAUCGGGAUAAAUCUAAAUUAAAACAGUUAUUAACCAUCAUGUCUACCUCAUUUUUGUUCCAAGACGAAGAAUUCCUAGGAUGGUGGCCGUUCCUGAGAGAGUUCAUCUUAGCCCUAGGAUCAGAAAUCAUGGAAGAAAUCCAUUGCGUCGAACAAUUCUUCAUUAAGAUUAAAAGUCUAUAUGCGUUCGUAUCUCAGGUUUGUUUCUUCGUACUGGUCGAUUUGUUACUGGAAGAAAAUGAAAAUUUCGAUAACGAAAAGGGUGAUAAAAGCGUCGUGAUGGCGCUGACGAGCGUCCUCUUCUAUUCGGUCUUCGGUUACUUCGUGUCGAGGAUAAAGGACGUCUUCCACAGGCAGAGGUUCCAGUUGUUCAGGAGCUUCCUGACCAUCGAGCAUCUAGUCACGUGGAUAUUCAAGGUCAUUUUGGAAUGGGUCAAGGCCAUCGUGAUUGUGCUGUGUUUGAGGGAACAGGGUCUCAACUAUCAACCUAGCUUGUUGUACAGCAUUUUGACGUUUUUAUACUACCUUUGUUCGGAGAAAAUCUUCGUGGAAACUUUACCUGAUUUAUUUGAAAUGUUGAGUAUUGAAAAAUUCGAGAACCUGGAGCACCUGUACGUACCGAUGGCGAUGAAUUUCUUUACAGUACUAGCCGGUACUGUCGUUUCUACUUACUUUCUACUAGUACAAUACUCUAAUUUCGUAUUGCUUAGUGUAUAUUUCCUAGUUUACAUUCGAUUAAAAGAUAUAUAUUAUAAUUAUUGGAAAUUGUUGAUCGUCGAAAGGGAGAUUUUCCGGAGUUUUCGAAUCGCCACCAAGGAGGAAAUCGAUUCUUGGAACGACAUUUGCGCUGUCUGCUUGACCGCCAUGUCGCGGGCCAGGAUAACGCCUUGCAAUCAUCUAUUUCACUCGCACUGCUUGAAGCGGUGCCUGAAAUCGUCUCUCCUUUGUCCGCUGUGUAAAACGCAUUUUCUGGAUGGUAAUAGUGAAAUUAAAUUGUGAAAAAUAA